AUCACAAACCAAGAUGGCGGCGGAGCGGACAGCCGGCACGGCACUGUGACUGACAGACAGACAGACGGACAGACAGACAGAAGCCUCGCUUGGUCGGACAGCUAACGGUCAGACUCCAGACAGAGAGACAGAAACACCCGCACAGGUCACUUCGCCUCUUUCGGUACCGACAGCGCUGUGAUGAAGCAGCACCGGUAGACGACACCGGGGGAAGUUGUGUGCGUGUGUGAGUGCGCGAGGACUAAUUUGACAUCCACAAGCGGGGCAGUCGGCGGGGAUGGGAGAUGAUGGAGGACAAAGGCCCUCGUGUAGCCGACUACUUUGUGGUGGCCGGUCUGACGGACCCGUCCAAGCCGUUGGACCAGGAGAUCCACUUUGAUGAUGUCUGCCACAAGACGGCCAAGCCUAAGGCGCCCAUCACCGAUGUGGCAGUGGUAGUCCGCUCCAUGGGCGAGGAGAUACCACCAGGGUUCACCUGCAUAGAGGAAACACCAACCGGCCAUUCGGCUGAUCUAAACAAUGGCGGCCUCAUGGCACCCCAGAUCUUCCUGUGCUACAGGCGAGGUCGGGACAAGCCUCCACUCACUGACCUGGGUGUGCUGUACGAGUGGAAGGAGAGGCUGAAGCAGGGCUGCCACCUCAUCCAGACCACACCCUCCGGUCGCCCAGCCAACAUCAGCGGCAACUCCUCCCAGCGCAUCUAUGUCACCUACCGACGGGCGCCUGAGAGCCAGCCGCACUCCGCCCUGGCCGUCACCGACAUCUGCAUCAUUAUUCCAAGCAAGGGAGAAACGCCUCCGCACACCUUCUGCAAGGUGGAGAAGAAUCUCAACAGCAGCAUGUGGGGCUCCUCUGUCUACCUGUGUUACAAGAAGUCUGUGGCCAAAACCAACACAAUAGCCUACAAAGCAGGUUUGUUCAGCAGAUAUCCAGAGGAGGACUAUGAGUCAUUCCCUCUGCCAGAGUCUGUCCCUCUCUUCUGCCUUCCCAUGGGGGCCACAAUUGAGUGCUGGCCAGCUAACACCAAAUACUCCCUCCCUGUUUUUUCCACCUUUGUCCUCACCGGAGCCUCCGGAGAAAAGGUCUACGGUGCUGCCAUUCAGUUCUAUGAGCCGUUUCCACAGGAGUGUCUGACUGAUCAGCAGCGCUCCCAGCUGGGUCUCCUGAACCCAGAUCCACCCAAACCCUCCUCCUCCAGCCGUACUGGAUCAGCCACCAGCAGCACCACUAACAGUACCGCUACAGCCCCGAGCUUGGUCCACACCAACAAGUGUAUCUGUCUGCUCUCCCACUGGCCAUUCUUUGACGCUUUCCGCAAGUUCCUCACAUUCCUCUAUCGCUACUCCAUCUCCGGCCCUCACGCUCUGCCCAUCGAGAAGCACAUCUCUCACUUCAUGCACAAAGUUCCCUUCCCUUCCUCUCAGAGGCCUCGCAUCCUGGUGCAGCUUUCCCCACAUGACAGCCUGAUGUUGAGCCAGCCAGUGUCUUCUCCUUUACCGCUCAGUGGUGGUCGAUUUUCCACUCUGCUCCAGAACCUCGGACCAGAGAACGCCGUCACAUUGCUUGUAUUUGCUGUCACUGAACACAAGAUCCUGGUCCACUCGUUACGACCCGCUGUACUGACCAGCGUCACUGAGGCUCUGGUGUCUAUGAUUUUCCCGUUCCACUGGCCGUGUCCAUAUAUCCCCUUGUGCCCCCUGGCGUUGGCUGACGUGUUGAGUGCCCCCUGUCCGUUCAUUGUAGGAGUGGACUCCCGCUACUUUGAUCUUUAUGACCCCCCGCCGGACGUGAGCUGCGUGGACCUGGACACAAACACCAUCUUCCACACUGAAGAUAAGCGAGCCCUCACAUGGAAGAUCCUGCCAAAGAAAGCCUGUAAAAACCUGAUGAAUGUGCUGAGUAAUCUCUACCAGCAGCUGGUUGAUGGUCAUCAGCGGCCCGAUGGACUGCUGGAGCUGAGCAUGAGUGAUUCGUCAGAGCUGAGCUGUGGGAAGAGCCUCCACACACUGGAGCUGGAGAUCCAGGAAGCCUUCCUGCGCUUUAUGGCAGCCAUUUUAAAAGGCUACCGCUCCUUCUUACGACCCAUCACUCAGGCACCCUCUGAGAAAGCCACAGACGCCAGCUCGCUUUUUGACUUGCAAGGAUUUUUGAAGAGCCGCGACCGCUCACACCAGAAGUUCUAUUCGCUGAUGACCAAAACUCAGAUGUUCAUCCGCUUUAUCGAGGAAUGCUCCUUCGUCAGUGACAAAGACGCCAGUUUGGCCUUCUUUGACGACUGUGUGGACAAACUCUACAAUUCAGAGCGGAGUGCAGACAAAGGAGGCAAGGUGGACAGUGACAGGCUGGAGGAGACCAGGCUGAUAGAGAUUGAUGAAUCUCAGCGCAGUGAGCACACAGUCUUUAUCACACCACCAGAGCUGCCUCCUCUGCCUGAGGGGGAGGAACAUCCACUCUGCUACAGGUACGAUGGUUUCCCAGUGUUGAGUCUUGACCUCUUUGACCCUGUGGAGGGCCUGCGGACCCCCUCCUCUCGCCUCACUGCCAGGCACAGCUGUCCCACCAGCCCUGCCCCCAUGUUCAGACGCACCAAGCAGGAGAUCAAAUCAGCCCAGAAGAUAGCCAAGAAGUACUCGUCUAUCCCGCAGCUCUGGUCUAAGUGCCUGCUCCGUCACUGCUACGGCCUGUGGUUUAUUUGUCUGCCAGCAUAUGUGAAGGUGUGCCACUCCAAGGUGCGGGCUCUGCGCACUGCGUACGACGUCCUCAGGAAGAUGCAGGCAAAGAAAUUACAGCCCCCUGACGAGGUCUGCUACCGGGUUCUGAUGCAGCUGUGUGGGCAGUAUGGCCAACCUGUCCUGGCGGUCAGAGUCCUCUUUGAGAUGAAGAAAGCUGGAGUCCACCCCAAUGCCAUCACUUACGGCUACUACAACAAGGCGGUGUUGGAAAGCACGUGGCCCUCUAGCACCAGAGGAGGAUACUUCCUGUGGAUGAAGCUGAGAAAUGUCGUUCUGGGCGUGGCACAGUUCAAACGGGCGCUGCGACGACAUGCUCCCCUCACCCAGAGCCCUCUGUCAGAUGGCAGUGACCUGGACGCUGUGAGUCACGGCAGCCUGGAUAGCUCUGCCGACACUAACCUGGCUGAGCAGGGCCCCUACACCACUGACUCCGCCAAAGUAGACCCCACUGACGAUAGAUCUAGCACAGGGGAUCAAUCAGAUUUGGGUUAUAACUCCCUGUCCAAAGAGGAGGUUCGGAGAGGAGACCCCACUGCUCAGGAGUCCGCCCCUGACAAAGAUGACAAGAAGGAGAGCGACUGCAGCUCCUUGUCAGAGACAGAGAGUGCCAAGGGGAGUAAAGACUGUCUCCCUCAGCUGGACAUAGAGGUUCAGUCCUUCAAACCCCGCGGCAUUGUUCGCAGCAGCUGUCCAUACGACGAUUCAUCCUGUAAACCCAAGAGCUCCGCCAGCGCAGGCCAUGUUGCAGGUCUCCUCUUCACUUCCUCCCUGGAUGAGAUUGGUGAGGUUCAUACCAACAGUUUGCUCAGGAGACAUAAGAGUGCUCUGGAAGAGGUGGUGGGCAGCGCCAGCAGCGGCUCAGCUCUUGACUGGCAGGGUGUGAGAGGCCUCCGGCUGAGCGGUGAUGCGGUGGGCAGCUGCGGCAGUGGCACCACUGUCCUCGGUCUGGGUAUGAGCCAGGGUGAAACUGACCCAGACAAAAUCGCAGGGCACCUGGGCGCAGACGUCAAAAUUCUUUCCGGUGCCAACUUCAGUAAGAGUAAGAGGCCUCGUUCAUUGGCUCUGGGCGGGUUAGAGGCAGUGGCGGCUAAGGCAGGUGCCUCCAGAUGUCAGGAACACAGGGAGGAGGACGAGGAGAGGGAGGGACAGGACUCCAGUGAUGAGGACAGAAGUAACACAGACGCCAUUUUUGACUUGGAGGACCUGGACUUAGACAAGCCUGCCACAGGGGCUGGCAUGAGCUCCCACAAACUGAGCAAAUCUCAUAAGAAACCUGUCGAACGCAGCAUCAGCUACGGUGGCAUAAGCUCUGUGACGUCCAGAGGAACUGUGAAGCGCACAGACAUACAGACAGGUUACGACCCACUAUCCCUGCUGGCAGCAGAGUCACAAACUGAGCAGCAAAAUGAGGAUCAGUACCCAGAGGGGGAAGGGGCCAGCACGCCGAGCGCCCGCAGGCACCUGGCCAGAGAGAUUGAGCUAUACAUGAACCACAUGGGCAGCCCGCUGAGCAGCCGUACACCCAGUCUGGAUCUGCCGGACCCAGCCAGCCCUCUCCUCCUCCACCCUUCCUCACUCUCUGCCCCCCGCAGAGCCAGCCUACCCCACACCUCCCCCCUAAGGACUGCUGGGAUGCCACGCUCCCGCACCUUCCACCCACCCUCGCCCUCCCAGCCCAUCUCACGCCAGCGCCUCUUGUCAUCUCCUUCCUGUCGCAGCUCUAGCACAACUCCCAGUGCCAGCCCUCGACCUAGCCCCUACAGGGAGAAGGCAGACAGGAUGAGCCUGGCGUCACCUUCGCCCUCCUCCUCCUCUUUUGCUCUGGACACUCUGCUCACACCAACGCUUGAUGUCUUUAAGACCAGCAUGGUCUCUGCUGGGAAGGGUGUGGCAGAGAAGGCAAGCCGCUGGUACUCCCGUCUCGCCACUUAUACCACACCUACCAAGGACGGUCACAGUGACCGACUGAGUGUGUCCUCUCUCGGUGUUGGAGAUCCAGACUGCUCUUCCCUGUUGGAUGAGGCGGACUGUGGGGAGUCAGAGGGCUCCGUGAUCUCUCCACCAAGGAAUGGACCCCGCAGGAGCCCCAGACGCAGCCCUCUCCGCAGCAGACUGGACAGCCCCCCUGCAGGCUCCAGUCUCGGGAGACCCUCAUCUCUGCUCCCUGAAUGUGUCCUCUCGCCCCCCGGCUUCCCUCUGCCAGAAAAGUCGGACCUCGGCUCGUCACGGUACACCAGCAACACCAGCAUCUUCAACAACUACGCCAUGGAGCUGCUGAUUUCCAGCUGCUCUCGCUGUAAGACGUGUGACUGCCUGGUGUACGAUGAGGAGAUCAUGGCUGGCUGGACGGCAGACGACUCCAACCUGAACACCACCUGUCCCUUUUGUGGAAACCCCUUCCUGCCCUUCCUCAACGUGGAGAUCAGGGAUAUGCGAGGACCCGGCAGGCUUUUCCUGAAGGGCAGCCCGUCAGUGGACGAGGCAAUGACCUCGUCGUACUCUGCCUCCACAGGUUUGGACACGGGGACGUCCACCUUGUCCACCCCCUGUCCUACAACUGCAGUCUUUCCUCCGUCCCCUGUGAUCGCUGUCCAGGAGUGCUCAGGGGCUGGAAGGACUCGAUCAACCAGGGCUCAAGGUAUCAACAUCCCCUCGGAGCGCCGGCAGGGGUCGCUGUCUCCCGGAGCGCCCAUGGCUCGCAGUGUCAGCGCCUUCGGUCCUCUGGACGAAGCUUCCCGAGUCAACCGCUGUAUGCCGACGUCAGGCAGCCUGCCCAGCCGUCUCAAUGAAGCCAUGGACCCGCUGAGUAUGGAGUGGCGGCUCCACAACCCCGAGCCAGUGACGGUUCCCUACCUGAGCCCGCUGGUGCUGUGGAAGGAGCUGGAGAGUCUGCUGGAGAACGAGGGCGACCCGGUGAUCACGGAGGCCGACAUGGUGGACCACCAUCCCAUCAUCUACUGGAACCUGGUGUGGUACUUCAGACGGCUGGACCUGCCCAGCAACCUGCCCGGUCUCAUCCUCACCUCUGAGCACUGCAACACAGACUCCCAGGUCCCUCGUCACUGGAUGUCGGAGGACAGUAAACAUGUGUUGAUCCAGAUCCUGUGGGACAACCUCAAGCUGCACCAGGACUCAAUCCAGCCUCUCUACAUCCUCUGGAACACAUACAAUGUGGGUUACCCUCUGUCCCGGCCGGUCCCGGAUGAGGAGAAGCCGUUCAGCGAGGAGUUACUGCAGAGUGUGGUGAGGAGCAUCCAGAGGAACGACGUCAGCCGGCCGAUGGCUCAGCUGCUGCAGCUGCUGGGUCAGACUCUUGGGGUCAAGAGGCAAAGGAGUUUGUACAGGGAUAUCCUCUUCCUCUCUCUGGUGGCUCUGGGAAAAGACAACAUUGAUAUUGAUGCCUUUGAUCGCGAGUACAAGUUGGCGUACGACCGCUUGGUGCCGAGCCUGGUGAAGCUGACCCAUAACUGUGACCGUCCUCCCAGCACGGGGGUCAUGGAGUGCCGCAGGACGUUUGGAGAGCCUUACCUGUAAACACUCACCUUCACGUACCCACACACACACACACACACCAGGAUGAACUCUCACCGCCCCACGUCAUCGCUUUAAGACGAGCUCAGGAAACCUGUUGGAAGACUGUGAAUGUUUUGAGAAAACUCUGCAAGCGAUCAUAAAGGAGCAGUUGACGACGCUCAGCGUUAUGUAGCCUGAAACAAUAAAAGAGUUUUACAGACUUGAUCUCAACUAAGUGAAGAUGGAAACACCACUCGUAUCGUUCAUCAACAACUUCAUCCAGUUUCUUUGAAUCCUGUGAAAAUGAUACAAAUAUACUGUAAAAACAGCAGUAGACGAUUUUUUUAAUGAAACAUUUAUAUUGUAUAGUCAUACAGCAUAUGAAGACUAAUAUUAGCAAUAUUUUAACUUGAACUCUAUUUAUACAAAGUAAGCUUUAUUUAUUGUAGUGUCUUCUUUUGUAGGGCGUUUACUGUUUUAUCGUUGUCGCUUGGCGUUUGAUGUUUAAACCACAGUGACCUGAACGCCAUGUCGCAGUAUGGAUUUAGUGUCUGUUGUAAGUGAUGACUAGGUUUCUGUGUGCUUUAUGAGUCAGGGCAUCAAAAAAACAAACAAAAAAAGGACAUUUAAAUUAGAGCUGCAGUGAUCAGUUAAUCCACAGAAAAUUAAUGAAAUAUACAGCAUGUGAUUUCUACUAUUAGGGGUCUCUCAAUCAAAACAAUAACGAAAAACAGACUUUGAUUUUGUUGUGAAGUAGCAGGGGAUCAUGGGAGUUUCACUGUUAAACAACCAUCGAUGAGAAUCUGACGUGACUCAGACAGAUUUCAUGUUCAGGAAAGAGUUAAUGUCUUUAAAUUUCAUUCACGCUACUUUUAUUCAUGAUUUAUCAUUUCAUUCGAAUGAAAUAGCCACAUGAGAUGUAAGCUAACGUAAUGCAAAGUUUCUAACAUUCCAUUAGAUGAGUCGACUAUCCAAACACUUCCUGUAGCUUGUCACAAAGCUCCCUCCAUCUUGGAAAAGUCACACUGAUAUUUCCCCUCGUUUUACAUCUCUUCUUGUCCCAUAAUCGUCCUGGGUCGUUUGGUUUUCUCGUUUGUUUGCGCUUUACAGGGACGGCUCUGGCAACAAAACACGUAGCAAACAGCAAUGAAUAAUUCUGCUGCAGUUUGAGUCAGACAGUGACCAAUAGCUGUGUCUCAAUUCAGGGGCCACAUCGUUGGAAGGCCGCAUCAGCCAAACCGAACGGUAAAAUUUAAUACUUGAGGAGAUGAUUCACUGCCAAAGACACCACCGUUUGAUAUACUUAACGCUGAUGGAUCGUUUUCAGAUAAACUUCUUAAAUUUAGAUUGUUUAAGCUGUGUGCUUGUAGCUAAUAGUAAUGUUAACAACAGUUAACCGUAACUAAUUCACAACUUCUCAGUUAAGGUAAUAUAUUAUCGUCACCGGCACGCAAUGCAAAGGGGAUAUGACGCCACUGACAGGCGACCAAAAAACCUUAUGGUUACUUGAAUAAAAUUACAUUUUUUCUUAGUUUGAACAUUGUUAAAAACAUCAGAAUAUUUAAAGUGCACAACAAAACAUAUACAGUAACAUAGGUCCAGACGUUUUUAGACAUUUUCAUGCAGAACUGUUACAGGCUAUACCUUUUAAAAGUUUUGUACUUUUGGUCUGACCAACCAAGAAAAUUCAAGACAUCACAGUGGGCUCUGAGAAAUUUAAAUUCUAUUUUUUCACUUUUUUUUUAAACGUUACACAGACAAAUCGACGGAAGAGAUCUGCAGAUGAAUUUAAAGGAAAAUCACGGUUAGUUGCAGCUCUAAUUUAAUUGUUUAAAACCACUUUUGAAUCUGCCUUUAAUGUUAGUCCAGUACCUGAAGAUAAAUGUCCGCUGUGCUGCCACACCUUCUGACAAUACUGCUCUGCAUAUGAUUUAAUUUUAAUGUAAAGUUUUCAUCCAAAACAAUACAUUUUUAGUUAGUGUUCAUAAUGAUGAUGAAAUAUUUAGUUUACUUCAGCGCUGAACCGUUUGUUAACAACAACAAAAAAAUCAGUGUUACUGUUGAUCGUCUUUUUACUAAAUGUGCCGACUGUUGGGAUGAGGCUCUCCAUCCAAGCUGAGAUUUAAGGUUAUGAGAGAGUUCAGUACAGUACGAACGGUUUGUUUUAAAUAUACAGAAGCUGCUCUGAAAAAACACAAAACCAAAAAAGAUGCCAGCACAGUCACUUUUCUGUCCGUGAUAAAUGAUUUCAGGUGAAUUAACACACUCAUAGACAGCCAUACUGGAGGUUUACAGUUGUUACAGAUAGGAAUAUGAAUGCGCAUCCAAACCAACGAUGACAGGUUCUAACCCAAAAGUAAGCAGAUGUAAAAUAUAAUGAUCUGUUGCAUCUCUCGAAACAAAGUCUGCCACAUUGCAACUAGGAAUUCAUUUGUCAUAGUUUUAACCAUCAUUUCUACACACUAAAAUAACAGCUCACACCACUACAACGAAAUCCAACAGGACACAAGAAACACAAACAGACGAUCAGAUGACAAACACGUUUAUCCGGAUGAUCUACAACACUUUGAUUUGGAGUUAAUCAGAAAGCGAGCACACUCAAUUUGUUUGUAAUGUUUUAGAAGAAAAGUUGCUGUCACAAGUUGUUGAGAGAUACAUCAACAUAUCCAGCCUCUGGUUCUGCAGCCACACGAAGUAUCUGAAUGUUUGUACAGUCACGUGUUCAGCCUGUGAGGGUAUUGAAUGAUUAGUUGAAGGGCCCACACUCUUCAGCCAAAGUGCUGAUGAGUUCUGGAUUAUUUUUCUGUGGUUUCUGUGAUUUCUCUAAGGUGUGUUAUUGAGCUAUUAUGGUAGUUAUUGUUUGUUUUUUUUAACAAUCAAACAUCUGUGUAUACACAUUAAGAAGUUCUGUAAAAAGCUCAUAGUGCAGCAGAGCUUUGGGAGAAUGUUUAAAAUACCCCCAAUGGUAACAUCCAUUUGUCUUUGUUUCAUGCACCAGCUUUGUCGAGGACAGGGAUUCUCAUUUCAGCGCCCACAGGAAAUACUAAUGAUGCAGUAACAAACAGUGGGAUAGAGUUUGUUUCCCAGUUAAUGUUUUAUUGUGUCAGCACUUAAAUGUGUGUUAGAGCCACAUUAAACAGAAUUUCUAAAUCCCACGGACUCUAGAGCAAAUCCAAUAUAACUUCCAAGUUUUAUAAAACAUUAUCAACACAUCAUGCUGCCAACUUAGCAUGCAGAUAGUCCUCUGUUUUCACGCACCAGAAACGCAGAAAGGACAAAAUUUAAAUCACAUUACUGUCCAAAUUUUUUUAUCAAACAAUGAAAAACAAUGCAGAGUCUCUGAAAAUUAUAUAAUUAUAUAAAUAUAUAAAUAUUCUGUGUUAAUGUGCUCUGAGGGGUUGGAUAUCUGUCUUAGGCGUAAUUCACAUGUACCAGUGUCUGUAAAAGGAUGGUAAGGAAAGCAGAAAUUCAUUACUGAAAACGCAAAACAAAGGCAUACAGAUCUGUUAAUGUAUAACUUCAUAUUGCGAAUGUUUACAUACUGAGGUUUGUAAAUGUGUUGAAAGAUGUUUCUUCUAGGUGCACAUAUAAAAAUCUCUGUACACAUUUGCACAUGUCUACUUUUACAUCUCAAGUUCAUAUUUUACUUCCAUUGAAAUGAUGGAAAUGAAAAAGAUAAUUGCUGCGGAUUGUUUGUUUUGAAGAGAUUUUGUCAAGAGAAAUAAAACCAAAUAGACUGUGGAUAGAACUGGAUUUAAGCAGUGUAACAACUUUUCAAUGUCACUGCACAUUAUUUGUUGUUUUGAUGUUUAUGUUGAUGAGAAACUAUGACUGAAACAAUGGUUGAAGGAGGACCCUCGAGUCUACACUCAUGAAGGUCUCAUGAAUGUCAACCGUGUUUGAGUUGUGGUUGAGGGAAAAAAAAAACUGGGAAAGUCAACAAGUUGCACUUUGACCCAGGAAAGGACACAUCGACUACGAUGUCAGCAGCUGGAGUAGCUGCCAAUCAUCUGUGGAUUUUUGUUGUGUUAAAAAGUUGUAAAAUAUGAAUGAUUUUGCAGAAUCUGGGGCCCUGUACAUUUUAACCAGCCCUUUGUAGAAAUCACAUUUUAUAACACGUGCAAAAGGUCCUUUUUAGAUGUGGUGAAGGUUCUGUACAGCGACCAGAUCUACAGGACUGUUUAACUGUAAAUAAAAUCACUUACACUCA